GCAACGAACACAGAUUAUCUCAACAGCAGCGAAGAUGUGACCAAUAUAGCUCCAUUGAAUUCCACCCUAGCGGGGAAUGGUCCCAAAAUCGUGGUACGACCGGAAGAGGUGAUCAUUGUGGGCCUAGUGUUGAUGCUUUGGGUUGGCGCCAUCGUGUUGUUCUUUAACCGCUGGGGUAAAAUCCGCAUGCUGGAACCCUAUCAACCGAAAUUCCAGCAACAACAUCGGUCUUCCUGUCCUCUAGUCGAUAUUGAUACAAUACCAACACAUGGGCGCGCAUCUGUAUCUCGUAUGUCAAUGGGUUUAGUUAAUAACAUAAAUAUGCCGACCUGUCAAUUCGCUGCUUAUAAUCCCACGAUAUAUGCGAAAGGUUAUGCUGUGAAUAUGCGCCCGCGGCAAAACUCCGUGUUCGUUGGCUCCAGCCCCAGUCAGUUUAUGAUGCCACGACCGCCGCGUAAAACACGCUCCGCCAUGGACUUGCAUUCGAUGGUGCUGGAUGAAGCGGCGGAGCAGGUUUAAAUACAUUUCCAUGUUUACUAUGAAGCACACCAACGCUUAAGAUCAACUCCAAAAUUUCUUAUGUAAAACAUAUGAAUGCUUUUGCUCACUAUCACUAUCAACUAUUUGUAGAAAGUCAAUAGAAAAUUUACUCCAAUGUAAUUAAUUGUUUGCUCUCGCACUUGUUAUUUGCUACAAGUCACUACUAUUUACCAAAACAAUACUAUAUACAUAUAUAUCUUUUAAACAGUAUACAUAUAUAUAUAUACUUACGAACAUAUUUUUAUGCUUAAAAAUUCUUCCUACUAUUAUAAAAUAAUAUUAUAUCAGUUGCGUUCUUAUUAUACUCGAAUAUCUAUGUACACGGAAUUCACGUUUCUAUGACAAUAGUACAUAUAUCCAGUAUAUUACAUAAGUAAUUGAGUGUUUUAUACAUUUUAUAAAUAUGUAUAUGUUAUAUGUAUAUAAAUACUAGCUAUGAACACUUCACUAAAAAUCGAACGGAAGAUACAUUGGCUUCGAGUCGUUAUAUUUUUAUAUACACUAUCCUUGAUAUUAUAAUCCAAAGUUGCCGUUGUUCAAUUCUUUCAAUAUCUUCGGCGUAAAAAAAUAUGAAAAGAACCGAAUUCGAAAGCAAAUCUACUUGGUCACAUAUCCUUGG